AAGGCUCCGGCUCCCGCAUGUGGCUGCGUGGAGCUGGUCCCUCCCUCUUGCCUUUGGGCUGCUUUCAACAAGGAAGGGUGCAAAGGCGGAAGCUCCUGCUCUCUUGGCUGCCUUGGCCGGGCUCCAUGCCUCAGACCCACCGCCCUUCCACGCGCGGAGUGGGCAGCCGGGGGCAGGCCUUGGUGCGGACGCCUGCAUGGCCACCUUGCCCGCCGCUGAUCGGAGGGCUUUCGCUCUGAAAAUCAACAGGCAUUCCUCAGCAGACAUUCGAAAGCAGUUCGUAAAUCAACUAAACCUCGGACAGAUUCCUCAAAGAAGUAUCAGUAGCCCCGGUUUCUCUACUGUUCAUCUACCUCAGUUCUAUGAUGCAGUAGAGCCAGUGGAUUUUGAAGGCUUCCUGAUGAUGCAGCUGAAUAAUUUAGAUUCAGAAUUACUCCAGGAACUUGGGGAUUUUCCUGAAGAUGACCUGGAGGUGGUCUUUACUCCAAAGGAGCACAGGACUCUACAGCCAUCUUUACCAGAAGAAGGAGCUGAAUUGGAUCCUCAUGUUCGGGAUUGUGUGCAGACCUAUGUUCGUGACUGGCUGAUUGUGAAUCGAAAAAACCAAGGAAAUAAUGAGGUCUACACAUUUACUAAAAGGGGAUCUAGAAGAGAUUUCCACAAAACCCUUCAAAAGCAAACAUUUGAAUCUGAAGUGUUGGACUACAGCAAUUCAAAUUAUCAGGCAUGUCCCAGGCACCUCAAGGUCCUCUGUGACGAGUCUAAUAGAGCCACACUAACGUCUGGAGACUUUGACCUGCGGAGCCUGCAGCCCGAUCCUCAUCUACCAAGUCUGCUGCAGCCUGUCAGUGCAGAAAACUUGAAGAGGCAGAACGAAGAAGCACGGCAAAGCAACAGACCUACAGAACUAUUUGCUUUGUAUCCUAGUAUCGAUGAGGAGGAUGCUGUGGAAAUACGACCAGUGCCUGAAUGCCCAAAGGAGUAUCUAGGGAAUAGGUUAUUGGUGAAAAUACAAACACUGAAAUUUGAGAUCGAGAUUGAGCCAUUGUUUGCAAGCUUAGCCCUCUAUGAUAUAAAAGAAAGGAAGAAGAUCUCAGAAAAUUUUCAUUGUGAUUUGAACUCUGAACAAUUCAAAGGGGUUUUGCGAUCUCACACGCCAUGUGUUGAUUCCUCUAGUCUGGCAAGGUCUGCAGUAUUUUCUGUAACAUAUCCCUCUCCUGAUAUCUACCUAGUAAUUAAGAUUGAAAAAGUCCUUCAGCAAGGAGAAAUUGGAGAAUGUGCAGAACCCUACAUGGUUCUAAAAGAAAGUGACGGUGGAAAGACCAAAGAAAAGGUUGAAAAAUUAAAAUCACAAGCGGAGUCUUUUUGUCAUCGUUUGGGGGCAUAUCGCAUGCCUUUUGCUUGGGUUCCAAUAAGUUUGGGAAGUUUCUUCAGUAUUUCAACACUUGAAAGAGAUAUAGCAGAACUAGAGGUUUUAAAUGGCAAAGGGUCUACUGGAGAUAGAAAAACGAUGACAAUGCAAACCAGGAGAUUAUCUGAAAGAAGUCUUGGCAUAGAGGAUGUUUCUAGCAUGACAAACUUCAAACCCACCACUUUGACAGUCAACACAUUUUUUAAGCAGGAAGGAGAUAAACUAAGUGAUGAAGACUUAUUCAAGUUUCUAGCAGAUUCCAAGAGAUCAUCAUCUUUGCAGAGAAGAGUGAAGUCUAUACCAGGAUUGCUUAAAUUGGAGAUCUCCCCUGCUUCAGAAGCUCUCACUUGUUGCCUCAGUCCAGAACUAUUACCAGUGAAGCCCUUCCCAGAGAAUCGUAGCCGUCCUCAUAAAGAGAUCCUGGAGUUCCCAGUACGAGAAGUCUAUGACCCUCACACUGUGUAUAGAAAUCUUCUAUAUGUGUAUCCGCAAAGGCUAAAUUUUGCAAACCGACUGGCUUCAGGAAGAAAUAUUACUAUUAAGAUUCAAUUUAUGUGUGGAGAAGAUCCUUCUUGUGCAAUGCCGAUCAUCUUUGGAAAAUCCUCAGGCCCAGAAUUUGUUAAAGAGGUUUGCACAUCUGUUACAUAUCAUAACAAGUCUCCUGACUUCUAUGAAGAAGUAAAAAUUAAACUUCCUGCUAAACUGACAGAAAGACACCACCUGCUCUUCACAUUUUGUCACAUCAGUUGUCAGCACAAACAAGGAGGAUGUGUAGAGACUCUCCUGGGAUAUUCAUGGCUGCCAAUUCUGUUAAAUGAUCGUCUCCAGACAGGUCAUUAUUGCCUCCCUGUUGCUUUGGAUAAACUGCCUGCCAACUAUUCAAUGCACUCAGCAGAGAAAGUUCCUCCACAGUCUCCACCAAUUAAAUGGGUUGAAGGACACAAAGGAGUGUUCAAUGUUGAAGUACAAGCUAUAUCAUCUGUUCAUACACAGGACAAUCACCUGGAGAAAUUUUUCACUCUGUGCCAUGCACUGGAGAGCCAAGUUGCCUUUCCCAUUCGAGUGUUGAAUGAGAAGAUCACAGAAGCUACUCUUGAACAUGAGUUGAAACUCAGUAUUAUCUGCUUGAAUUCUUCCAGACUUGAGCCUCUUGUGUUGUUUUUGCACCUGGUAUUAGAUAAGCUGUUCCAACUAGCUGUCCAACCCAUGGUUAUAGCUGGACAGACAGCCAACUUCUCCCAAUUUGCCUUUGAAUCUGUUGUUGCCACAGUGAACAGCCUUCACAACAGUAAAGAUCUGAGCAAGGACCAGCAUGGAAGAAACUGUCUCCUAGCAUCUUAUGUCUACUAUGUAUUCCGUCUUCCUGAAAUUCAAAGAGAGGUUGUCAAACUAGGUACAUCAGGAGGUGUGAAUCUACCUGAGUCUCGUUAUUACACAUAUGGCCGAACCACUGCUGUUUCUGUGGGCUCUCGACUCCUGCAGAGCCGGGCAACCAGCUGCAGCAAUCCUGAUAUUGCAGGGACACAGACUGCUACUGAUGAAGAAGUUCAUAACAUCAUGUCCUCAAGGAUUGUAGAUCGGAGCUACAACCGGAUGUCUUACUAUAGUGAGCCCAGCAGUGAUAUGUCCAGCCCUUGCACAAGCCCUCGGCCAUCCAGUAAAAAGCAUUUCCACGAAGAAUUAGCACUUCAGAUGGUGGUCAGUGCUGGCAUGGUGAGAGAAUCUGUCUUCAAGUAUUCCUGGUUCUUCUUUGAAUUAUUGGUCAAGAGCAUGGCUCAGUAUGUUGAUAACAUGGAGAAACGGGAUACUCCCCGCAGAAGUCGAUUCUCUAGUCGCUUCAAGGAUGACAUCACCACUAUUGUCAAUGUGGUCGCCUCUGAGGUCGCAGCACUUUUAGUGAAACCACAAAAGGAAAGUGAACAAGCAGAAAAGAUGAACAUUAGCCUGGCAUUUUUUCUAUAUGAUCUUCUUUCUCUGAUGGAUCGUGGUUUUGUGUUUAAUCUCAUCAAACACUACUGCAAUCAGCUGUCAAAUAAACUGAACACUGUUCCAACACUGAUUUCCAUGCGGCUGGAGUUUCUGCGAAUUCUCUGCAGUCAUGAACAUUAUCUCAACCUGAAUCUUUUCUUCUUGACUUCAUCCUCUGCUCCAACAUCACCCUCUCCCUCACUUUCGUCCCAGAAUUCAAGUUCCUGCUCAAGUUUCCAAGAUCAAAAACUUGCAAACAUGUUUGACCUUACAGCAGAUUAUCGCCAGCAGCAUUUCCUAACAGGUCUGCUCUUUACUGAGUUGACAGCUGCUCUGGACACGGAGGCAGAAGGAAUAAGCAGAGUUCAGAGGAAAGCUGUCAGUGCUAUUCACAGCCUGCUAAGCUCACAUGACUUGGACAAAUCCUGCUUGAAACCAGAAGUGAAAGUGAAAGUUGCGGCCCUUUAUCUGCCUCUGGUUGGGAUAAUACUGGAUGCACUUCCACAGUUACAUGAUUUUACAGUUUCAGAUGGCCGCAAUGGGAAAGGUCGUUCCGGAUCUCCAGAUGAAGAACAGGAAGCUGCAAGCCAAAUUAACCAGAAUAUUGCUCUGGCCAUUGCUGGAAACCAAUUUAAUCUUUUACGGUCUUCUGGCUCUUCUGUGUCAGCAGUGCCCUACAAAUACUACAAUACUUUAAGCCCUGAAACAACACGGCAUCUUUUGAUCUGUUUUCUAUGGAUUAUGAAAAAUGCUGAUCAGAAACUGAUUCAGAAGUGGAUUUCAGAUCUCCCAUCAAUGCAACUAAACAAGAUUUUGGAUCUCCUUUUCAUCUGUGUUUCAGCUUUUGAGUACAAGGGCAAGCAAAGCUCUGAUAAAGUCAGCACUCAAGUCCUCCAGAAGUCAAGAGAUGUCAAAGCUCGACUAGAAGAGGCUUUAUUAAGAGGCGAGGGAGCCAGAGGCGAAAUGAUGAAGCGCUGCAGGAUGCCUGUUGGGAAUGAGAGGUUCCCAGGGCUGAAUGAGAAUCUACGAUGGAAGAAAGAGCAGACACACUGGCGGCAAGCAAAUGAGAGGCUAGAUAAGACAAAAGCUGAAAUAGAUCAAGAAGCUCUGGUUAGUGGGAACCUAGCUACAGAAGCUAAUCUGAUUGUUCUGGAUAUGCAAGAGAACAUCAUCCAGGCAACCUCAGCUAUGGAUUGCAGAGAUAACAUCUUGGGGGGUGUACUGAAAGUCCUUGUCAACUCUCUGACUUGUGAUCAGAGCACAACGUACUUGAUGCAUUGCUUUGCUACUCUUCGAGCCCUUAUUGUCAAGUUUGGAGAUUUGCUGUUUGAAGAGGAAGUGGAGCAGUGUGCUGAUCUCUGCCAGAGAGUCCUGCAGCACUGCAGCAGCAGCAUCGAUGCCACUCGGAUCCAGUCUUGUGCCACCCUUUACCUUCUAAUGAGAUACAGUUUCAGUUCUACCAGUAACUUUGCAAGAGUAAAAAUGCAAGUGACAAUGUCACUGGCUUCUCUGGUUGGUAAAGCAUCUGAUUUUAAUGAGGAAUAUCUCAGAAAGUCUCUACGAACCAUUUUGGCAUAUGCAGAGGAAGAUACAGAUAUGCAGCCAACUCUGUUCCCAGCACAAGUAGAAGAGCUGUUGUGUAAUUUGAACAGCAUAUUGUCAGAUACAGUAAAAAUGCGAGAGUUUCAGGAAGACCCAGAAAUGCUAAUGGAUCUUAUGUACAGAAUAGCCAAAGGUUAUCAGACCUCACCUGACUUAAGACUUACUUGGCUGCAGAACAUGGCAGAAAAGCACGCCAAGCGGAAAUGCUACACAGAGGCUGCCAUGUGCCUUGUUCAUGCUGCUGCUCUAGUUGCAGAGUACCUGAGCAUGCUAGAGGACCACAAUUACCUGCCUGUUGGUAGUGUCAGCUUUCAGAAUAUUUCCUCCAAUGUACUAGAGGAGUCUGCUGUUUCAGAUGAUGUUCUGUCUCCAGAUGAAGAUGGAGUAUGUUCAGGAAGGUAUUUCUCAGAGAACGGGUUAGUGGGACUCUUGGAACAAGCUGCAGAGCUUUUUAGCACUGGAGGUUUGAGUGAAACUGUCAACGAGGUCUACAAAAUUGUCAUUCCCAUCUUAGAAGCACAUCGAGAUUUCAGGAAGCUUUCUUCAACUCACAGUAAACUUCAGAAGGCCUUUGAAAACAUAAUAAAUAAGGGUCAAAAGAGAAUGUUUGGCACUUACUUCCGUGUCGGUUUCUAUGGAGCCAUAUUUGGAGAUUUAGAUGAGCAGGAAUUUGUUUAUAAGGAACCGGCCAUUACCAAACUUCCAGAGAUUUCUCACAGGCUGGAGGGGUUUUAUGGGCAGUGCUUUGGGGAGGAUCGUGUUACAGUAAUUAAAGAUUCCACUCCAGUAGACAAGAGCAAACUAGAUCCCAGUAAGGCUUACAUACAAAUUACCUUUGUGGAACCUUAUUUUGAUGACUAUGAGAUGAAAGAUAGAGUAACUCACUUUGAGAAGAACUUCAAUCUCCGGCGAUUUAUGUACACCACCCCCUUCACGCGGGAUGGACGCCCGCGAGGAGAACUGAGUGAGCAGUAUAAGAGGAAGACCAUUUUGACCACCAUGCAUGCUUUCCCCUACAUCAAAACUAGAAUCAAUGUCAUUCAAAAGGAGGAGUUUGUUUUGAUGCCAAUUGAAGUAGCUAUUGAAGACAUGCAGAAGAAAACUCUGGAACUAGCUGUUGCCACCAACCAGGUGCCUCCAGAUGCCAAAAUGCUCCAGAUGGUUCUUCAAGGCUCUGUGGGAGCGACAGUAAACCAGGGGCCACUAGAGGUAGCCCAAGUGUUCCUGGCUGAAAUUCCAGAAGAUUCAAAACUGUAUCGGCAUCACAACAAGCUGAGGUUAUGCUUCAAAGAGUUCAUAAUGAGGUGCGGUGAAGCAGUGGAGAAAAACAAGCGCCUAAUUACUGUGGACCAAAGAGAAUACCAGCAAGAACUCAAAAAGAACUAUAACAAGUUGAAAGAAAACCUCAGGCCAAUGAUUGAGAGGAAAAUCCCAGAGUUGUAUAAACCCAUUGUGAAAAUUGACAGCAUCUCGAGGGAUUCUUUCCGUAAUUCUAGCUUUCGGAAGACUGAAAAUCUGCCUCCACAGAGCGCUUAAGAACAAUUUCCUAAGAACGAACUAUCUCCUUGCCAUGGGUCAAAUAUGUGAAGAUAUGGGGAAAAAAUCUACCAAGUAGGGAUUUUCAACAAUUCCAAUGUCAACAAAGCUGCCUGUGUAAGAUUCAAGAAGCAGGGACUCCAGGAAAAACAUCUAGUUACGAAAACAAAUAUUUUUAUUUGAAAUAUUGACAUGGACAUUUGCAUACAAAGGAAAAACUCUCCAUAUUUUCUCCAAAUUGUAAAGACAAGUUAAUAUAUCGUAUUGUUCAUACAAUAGUUCAUAUCUGUUGUACGGGUAUUUUUGAAUAUCAUUGAAACAUUCCUGUGGCUCCUUAGAAAGAUUGCAAAUCAAUCCAUAAUUCCUUCGGCAACCUCAUGGACUUGUACCAAGCAAUGGAUAUCAACACUUACAACUAAAAAAGAAGAAAAAGUUAUAGGCAGAUUUAAACACAUGUAAACUCAAUUGAAAUCAGUAGGAUAAUUGGGAAUCUGCAUGAUUCUAACAAUUAUUUGAAGAAAGCAAUCUUCUUUCCUGAUGAGAAUCUUACUGCAGUGGACCUUGUAUGAGCUUUUUUAUGCAAACAUAGGAACAAUUUACAUAAAGAUGAAAAAUCAAUGUGUAGUAUUUAAAUCUGCUUCAGUUUAUAGAGAUCUAAAGAAUAGCAGAGCUACAUAGGAAUAUUUUAAUUCAGGAAAUACCUUAACUGCCUAAAUUAUGUUUACAGACUACUGGGAAUUGAUGCUUGCAGGUAAGGUUUUUAUUGUGCAAUUGCUCUGCCAUAGAUGUGGAAGCACUCAUUCUUGUCGGAAUGUUUUAUUUUUAUAAUUGUUAUUAUUUUUACUAUUUAAAACUGGCACUAUGGUUCUUCUCAUUUUUUGAAAUAUGGAGUUGACUUCCUGAUAGCUUGACUGGUAUUUUUCCUUCUUGGUUCAUACAGUCAAGGCUUGACAGCCAGUGGUAAGGCUAUUCACUCUGUGGCUUGUACAUAAAGCUGUAUAUAGUAACGUGAAAUGUCACAAUUUUGGAGUGGGAAUUGUUAAUAUUGUUCCUAAAAUCUGGGGUCGGAGUUUUUGUUUUUCCCUCUAAAUCCUACUAUGCGCCUUUUUGUUUUUCAAAUCGUGUGCCUCCAGAAGAAGGAAAUAAAACAAAAAAACC